GAGCAGACGUACCAGCAACACUCAGAGAAACGGAAGAAGAAGCAGAAGAAGACGAAGAAGAAGACGUCCACACGUGUUUCCAACAUGUCUGCCUACCGAUUUGUUGUGCGUUAAGAUAUCAGAAGCGGCUUUAAUCUCAACUUUUAUGCUCUGUUAUUGAACAUACUGUACAAUUAAGUUUACCGAGCGUAGUUUUACAGCAGUACGAAAACUUCAGGAUGGCGCAGAGGAAGAAAAAACUGACGAAGAAGAAGAGACACACAGCAAACAGAGAGGCGGAGGCUGACUCUGACAGCGGAGACUUUGAGCUGGCUGCUGCUGUGAAAGACGAUGAUUCUGUGAGUUAUAAUAAGAGUCACACUAUACAUUCACUAAAUAAGUAUUCAUUAACUAAAUAACAGCAGCUGUGUUAGAGUAUAGCUUUUCUCCGGCUGUGUUACAGCGUGAGGGGGUAUAGCUCAGUGGUAGAGCAUUUGACUGCAGAUCAAGAGGUCUCCGGUUCAAAUCCGGAUGCCCCCUGGAUAUAUUUAUCCAUCUGAACGCUGAUAAAACGUAGAUUUAAGACACUUCUCGCAGUGAUACAUUAAUUAAGGCAUGUAUUCCAGUGGCUUAAUCUGAAAAUGACAAUAAUGAUACUGAUCAAUCUACCACCAAACAUGUCCUGCUCAGGUCUUCUUAUGUAACUUGGGUUUUUGGCCCGUAUUGCCUUAUAAUACAUCUGAAAAAUCACACUACAAACCCUUCCUUUGGAGUUACUAAGAUUUUUAACAUUUGGUGGUGCUUGAAAAAUUAGAAUUCAGGUCCAAGAAUUUAGGGCAUCCUCACAAACAAGUGGACUGAGGCUGGAGUCAGAGCAGCAAGAGCCACGAUGGAAAAAUAUGUUGAGAAAAUGAACUACUAGUAGGGCUGGGUAAUAUGGAAAAAAGUUUACAGCGAUAUAUAUGUUUUCAUAUCAGUUGAUAUUAGGGCCCGACCGAUAAGGAUUUUUUGGGGCCGAUGCCGAUGCCGAUUAUUAGGGAGGAAAAAAUCUGAUUACUAAUUAAUCAGCCGAUUUUAAAAUUUUUAUGAAGUUUAAAAUUUUGUUAAUUUAAGUAAUAUAUCAACAUAUUUACUGACUUAUUUUUUUAACAAAUGGCUGCUUUUGAGCCUUUCAAACACUUCUCAGCAACAUUAACCUCAGUAAUAUUCCACGUAUUUAUCAUGAAUCAAACUCAGACCAGAAAAGUGUUUUCAACUACCCCCCCAACUACUCAACUACUACCCCUGCAUUGUGCAUGCUCUGCUGCGUGGAACUGCUUCAGGUGGUGAAAAAGAUUUUAAGGUAUUCCCCGACUUUGUGAGAACAUGUACACAACAUAAUUUGCAGUGCACUUUACUCUGCUUCAUGUCCGACCUCAAAAAAUCUCCACACCACUGAUGUUGUCGUGACAGUGUUGACGACAAUGUCAUCAUCUAUUGAGCCUUCAUCUGCAUUUCUGCCAGGGGUAGCACUCAUUUUCCUUUUUUUUUCUCACCGACAGUGCUGUCGGCUUCACGUGUUAAAGUGCUAUGUUUGCGUGUGGCUGCAGCCUGCCAGUACGCAGUUGUUUGCUACUUGGUUCUAAUUUUGCACGAUUGGUUUAGUGCGAAGUGAACCCAGAGCAAUUCGGCUAUUGGCUAUUUGUAUAGUCUACCAAAACAUUGCAGAUGCCGACUAUCAAAAAGGAUAUUGACCAUGUUUUAUAUUGAUAUUGAGGGGAAAUUUUUUGGGUAUAUAUUGUUAUCGUUUUAUCGUUCAGCCCUAACUACAGGUGUCAGUUCUUGCUGUCGAGACACUUCUGAACCAGAGACAUCAUACGAGUCUCACCUGCACUUAGACGAUCAAAGUUAAAUUUGCAUCUCAUUCGAAAAUCAAGGUCCCAGAGUCUUGACAAAGAUCUGUGAGGCUCUUCUGAGCAGAAUCUGUAUUCAUUUGAUAAGACCUACAAAACUAACCUCUAUGCAUAGAUAAAGUGAAUAUGGUCAUUUUGGCACAUUAUGUCUGUAAUAAACAAUUUAUUUACUGUUGGCUUUAAUUAACUUCCAGCCUGGGAGGAAGCUGCCACGAUUCCCUGCCUCCUCAGACUACCAGUCAGAUGUGGAGCUGGACACCAGGGGGCUGGUCAGGGCUCAAAAUAAGAAAAAGAAGAAGUCUGGAGGCUUCCAGUCCAUGGGUAAGUGGAGCAUGACGAUCAGACUGAGUGUCCUUUGGUUUGAUUCUGAUCCAUUACUUGAUGAAGUUUGAAAGUGUGGACGAUAUUGUUCAUCUGCAUUACCUUUGACUUCAGGUCUCAGUUACCCUGUUUAUAAAGGCGUCAUGAAGAAGGGUUACAAAGUCCCCACUCCGAUCCAGAGAAAGGUGGGUCAGGAUCCUGUAAUCUCACCUUUUCAUGUUUUGAAAGCUCAGUAUUUGAUUGUAAUCCUCCUCUCCACCCCGUCAGACAAUCCCAGUGAUUUUGGACGGCAAAGAUAUAGUGGCCAUGGCCAGGACUGGCAGCGGUAAGACUGCUGCUUUCCUGGUGCCCAUGUUUGAGAAACUGAAGGCCCCUCAAGCACAGACAGGAGCCCGGGCCCUCAUCCUGACCCCCACAAGAGAGCUGGCCCUGCAGACUAUGAAGUUCACAAAAGAGGUCAGAUGAAUAAAGAGCAUUUUAGCUGAUUUUGGCAAGUUAGAGUCAUCAUUUCUGUGUCUGUGUGAAUAUUAAAGUGCCUUAAAUGUUUUUUUUUUUUUACAGUUGGGGAAAUUCACUGGCCUCAAGACCGCCUUGAUCCUUGGUGGGGACAGGUGUGUGACAUUUUGAACUGAACUCUGUGAUUUUUACACUUACAAUUGUGAUUCCUAAAGACACUAAAUCUAAAUGUUUUUGAUGUUUUCCAGGAUGGACGAUCAGUUUGCUGCUCUCCAUGAAAACCCUGACAUGUGAGUGUUUUCCACUGUGGUUCCAUUUUCAGCUCUUCUCUUAUAAGCUGUCACCCUCAUUUCUUUCUCCCGCUCUCGUAGAAUCAUCGGUACGCCCGGUCGUCUCAUGCACGUCAUCAAAGAGAUGAACCUGAAGCUGCACGGUGUGGAGUACGUGGUGUUUGACGAGGCCGACAGGUGAGGAAAUGUGUCCCGUUUUUUUUUAUUUGUUUCACAGCUCUGAUGAUCUCAGGUGAGCGGACACGGUAACUGAGCUGCCUCUUCCUCCGCUCAGGUUGUUUGAGAUGGGGUUCGCGGAGCAACUUCAGGAGAUCAUUCGGAGGCUUCCAGACACCAGACAGACUCUGCUGUUCUCCGCCACUCUGCCCAAACUGCUGGUGGAGUUUGCCAGAGCAGGUGAGAUCAACAGACGCUUCUGUUUAUCCAUCAUAGUUUAAGAUGAUAAAUAAUUGAUUAAUCCAAAAACUAACAAGAUAAACUUUGUUAACUUCCAGGGCUGACUGAACCAGUGCUGAUUCGUUUGGAUGUGGACUCAAAGCUCAGUGACCAAAUUAAGGUAAAGAGGGGAGACGGUUUACUAAACAUUACUGAAUAUGUGUUUCUCAGUCCAGGCAAGAUUUCCAGGAAGACCAAGUGAAAUGAUUUAUUAUAAGGGUUGAUACUUGAGAACUGAUAGUUAAUCAGAGAAAUGUGUGUGAAUGUCUUCUGAGAAAAGAUACUUAGAAUGUCCUGUUAGGCACUGUCCACACAAAUGCAGAUAUUUCUGAACGUCGUGUUUGGGUUACGGUACACAUGUAAACGGAGUCUUAUGUCACUGAUCACAGUUUUUAAAAAAACACCGCCCAUGGUGGAUAUUUGCAGGGAAUUGAUAUUUAAAACCCUCUAAAGUUUUUGUCAUGUGGAUGGCAAAAACUAAACUUUUAGGAAAUGUUGACACACUUGGACAUGGCGAUUCUUCACAUGCUCUGUGCAUGCACCAGGAUGGUAGCCACCACUUUGUUGAGGUUUACUCGGUUCUGUUAGAUUCUGCUGUGAGAAACUUUAAGUUUCUGUCAAUUUUAGCUAGGGUGACCAUACGUCCUCUUUUACCCGGACAUGUCCUCUUUUUUAGGGGCUGUCUGGUCUGUCCAGCUUUGUCCGGGGAAGUUUAUAAAAUCCUUCAAAUGUCUGCGGUUUUGUUUUGAAGUUUUGAGUUUGUGUCGUGGACUUACUGAGUUUGAAGCUUGAAAAAACACUCGAUCUGACCCGAAAAACUCUCAAAAUUAACAAGAUUAACUCUGUGACUCCGCCCCCGCGUAGUUGUGUCCUCCUAUUGGGGAUUCAGAAUAUGGUCACCCUAGUUUUAGCGCCCCUGCGAAGAGAGCAGUCUUUACUUGUUUUGACCCUACAAGCCUCAGUGGUGUCUUCUUAUUUAUAUAUAUAUAUACACAUAUAUGUAUAUAUAUGUGUAUAUAUAUAUAUAUAAAACAUAAGACUGAUUUUAAGAGUCAGGGAUUUCACCCCCUAGCACAAGUUUCAGGCACUAAAGAUUACAAUGUAAAGAUAACCUGUCGUCCUGGAGACAGUCUUGUUUGCUGUAAUGUGAGUUUUAAAAACAUCGAAAAACUCCUGACAGGAGCUUUAAAAAGGUGUUUAGAGGUAAAUCUUGCUGCUCUUCGUCAUUUCAACUCACCAGUUUUGAAACGUACACUUGCAGCCAGGAUGGACUGUUCCUCCAUGUUUAAAAGUGAAUGCCUGUAAAUAAUGCUUAUGAAGAAAUCCCAGAAACAACCCUUUUAAGUUGCUUGAGACUUGAUCUAGUAGCUGUUACCUGAGACUUGGGAGAAUGAACCCAAUCUCAUUGCCUUGAUGGUGAUUUUUUUUAUAAAUGUUGCGUGUACUUGAUGAUUAUGAUGAUGCAUAUUGCUCCAACACCUCAAGAUCUCAAUUUCUCCCAUCUCCUCUCAGCUGUCAUUAUUCCACCUGCGAGUGGACGACAAACCUGCUCUUCUGCUUCAUCUUCUGAGGAACGUAGUGAAACCUCAGGAGCAGACUGUGGUUUUUGUCGCCACUAAACACCACGUAGAGUACCUGAAAGAGGUGAGAUAGAAACAGCAAAAUAAAUCCGCUGUCCUAAACUCUACGAAAACACAAGUGGAGACUUUCUCAUUUCUUUUCUGCUUGUUCAGCUGCUGUCCUCAGAGGGCGUGGACUGUGCCUACAUCUACAGCGCUCUCGAUCAGACUGCCAGAAAGAUCAACAUCGGGAAGUUUGUGCAUCGUAAAGCCAUGGUGCUGAUCGUGACUGACGUAGCUGCUCGUGGUAUAGACAUCCCCCUGCUGGACAACGUCAUCAACUACAACUUCCCCUCCAAGGCUAAGCUAUUCCUGCACAGAGUCGGUGAGCUAUUCCUGAGAAGCUCUUGAAUUGGACUUAAUAAAAUAUCAGAUUAAAGUUCAAAUGAUAAAAAAGGAUGAACUAUCAGGUCAUCGGUCAUCGCUUUUCUUCUCUUAUCAGGCCGUGUGGGUCGUGCUGGGCGCAGUGGCACAGCCUACAGUAUGGUGUGUCAGGAUGAGAUGCCUUUUGUUUAUGACCUCCAUCUGUUCCUUGGAAGGCCUGUCCAGUUUGCCACCACUGAGCAUGCACAAGGUAGGCUCUGCAGAACUCCAUUAAGUCCUCGGAUCACUAUUUUUCACCUCUUUCUACUAAAUUCUGAAAAUUUUCCCCCCACAAUUCGCCCCGUCCCUUCCAGAUACAGAGGGCUUAUUUGGCCGUGUCCCUCAGAGUAUCCUGGACGACGAAAGCGCCCAUCUCAUCACGUCUCACGAGAACUCACUAGACCUCCAAAACCUGCACCGUGUGUCCGAGAACGCUUACAAACAGUAUCUCAAGUCUCGACCGAACCCUUCAGCUGAGUCCAUCAGACGGGUGAAAAGCACGGAUCUGUCAAGCAUGGCUGUUCAUCCAUUACUAGGUGAGACUGGAGGGGGAUGACCUCUGAGGAGGCGGUGAUGAUUAUCCGCAGAGAGCUGUUGCUGACAGUGUUUGAUUGAUGUUGUUUCAGGGUCAGGUUUGGAGAAAAUGGAGCUGGAGCGCCUUCAGAUAGUGGAUGCCAUCAAAGGAUACAAAUCCAAAUCAGUGAGUUACAGGAGAAGAUUAUGCAGGUGAAAUAUUCUUGUAAACUGUAGUAAAACAUUAUAAAUGACCUAUUGUAUCUUCUCGUAGACCAUCUUUGAAAUCAACUCGAAUAGUAAGACACAAGCGAGUGAGGUGAUGCGGGCCAAACGCUCUAAGGACUCACGGCUUGUGGACAAAUUUGGCAAACAGAGAGACGACCUGGCUUCUGAAAGCCGACUGCAGGGACAUGCCAAUCCUGGAAGCGCCGCAGACGAUGAUUUCACAUACUCUACAGGCAAAGACGAGGACGAUCUACAGGCAAGGAACUCCUGUUUCAGCAGUUUUAUCAAAUGAAAUCAAAAUGUAGCAAAGGGAUUCCGGCAUACAGUUUUUUGUUCAAGAGAAGCCUUCUUAAAUGGGGAGUGGUCGUUUCCCCAUGACCAAUCCCGUUCUCAUGCGUAAACACAGAGGGACAAAAUCAUCAUCGGGUUAUUUAACCAAAGAAACGUUUCAAAUAUAUGUUUGAUUGCAAGUUGGACAGUGUGCAGGAAUCCCUUUGCUACAUUUUGAAAAAAAAAGAAAAGACAUUUCUUGCCAGAUUUGAUCAACUUGAACACUCUUUGACACAUUGACUAAACUAGAUUUCACUUGAGAAGAUAAUCUUCUUAUACCCCCCCCCCCCCAUCAAAUCAGUCCUAAUGAACAUUUUCAUCUUUGUGUCACAGUCUAAAAUAAGUCACACUGGGAGAUAAAACAGUCUGUUUUUGGGGGGCUCCAGGAAAGGAAAAGAUUCACAUGUGAGUGCCUGCAGGAAAAUAUCUGCAAUGUGCAGUUUUUAUGUCCGUGUGUAGCUCUGUCUCAUACCAAAUGUUAAUGCCAGCUACCCGCACAGAAGUUGAGCACAGUAUAUGGUGGGGUUGAUAGUUGCUCGGUACAGAUGGACUGGAAUUGGGGAGACUUUUCAACCAAACUAGCUCUCCUUAAAGUGUGUGUACUUGGUAGCAUAUCACAGUUUCCUCUCAACACAUGACAGCAGGAAAGGUUACAAAGUAGUGCUGCUAGGCCGGUCUGCCUCGCUAUGAAUCAAGCGGCCUGAGUCUUUGAGCGCAGUCCUCUGGGUUACUGUGGAUCUAAUGCAAUAAAACUCUUCUGUCAGCAUGUUUUAUAUUGUGGUGUAUAGAUCUUUUAUUAGACAGUGAAAAAGACAGUAAAAGUGGGUUCUCUACUCCUGUUUUUACAAUAAAUGCACUUUCUUGAUAUGUGCAAACUCUUGUAAUUGUAAAUGUUGCUCCUUCUCUUGCAUACAGCACUGCAAAUGCCUCGAUUUUAUUCACUGAUGUCUAGUUCUUCAUGUAUCCACCAGGGGGUGUUCUCUGAAGUGGUAGGUGGAAAAAGAAGAGGCACGCAGGAAGACGGGGGCGAGCGGCCAAAGAACAAGAGAAGCAAACAGACGGGUAAAGAUGAGGAGUAUUACAUCCCGUACAGACCGAAGGACUUCAACUCUGAGAGAGGGUGAGGAGUCACAUACACUUUUUUUAAUGUGAUGAUAUAAAAAAUGACAAAAUUAUUCAAAUGAACGAUCUUGUUUUUAUGACCCGUCACUUUUUUUAGGUUAAGUCUAAGUGGAGAGGGCAGCGCCUUUGAAAAGCAGGCCUCCUCUGCUGUCCUGGACCUCAUGGGGGACGAAGGAGAGAGGAUGAACCAACACAAAAAAAUCAUGAAAUGGUGAAAAUUUACAUCCAGUCUUUAUCUUUCUCAUCAUGCUUCUGAUUUUACUUUUUUAUCUCAUAAUCUGGUGUCUUUCUGUUGUUGUUAGGGACCGUAAGAGAAAGCGCUUUGUUACCGAAACAGGAAAAGAGGACCAGAAGAAGAAGAUCAAAACAGAUGGUGGUCAAGUCAUUAGUAUGAAGAAGAACAGGAAGAAUUUGUAUCCUUACAGGAAAAUUCUUAUUGUGUACUCAUUUGCCAUAACUGUUAUGUCUCAAAAGAAUAAGGUAAAGCUGUAUAUCUGAGAUGUUGCAUCACUUAACAAAUGUGUCAGCUAUGAAGAGUGGAAGAAAAAAUACAAGGUGGAUGAUGCCGGAUCAGGGUCGGAUGGAGAAACAGGAGGAGGAAGAAGGCUAGGAGGUGGUAAGAGAGCAAGAGGGGUCUCAAGUCUAAAAAAAAAAGAAAACAUUUCCUACCUUUUAGUCCAAUAUUCUUGUCUGUGUCAUCCAUCCUUCAGGUCGAGGUCGUGGCCGCGGUCGCCGAGGUGCCAACCCCCAGAAUCCAAACCACCAGAGGCCUACAGGACCCCAGCAGACGCCCGAUGGCCGCAGAGUGCGUUCAGAGCUGAAGUCGCGUGAUCAGAUCCUGAAGCAAAGGAAGAAACAACAGAAACACAAAUUCCUGCAAAGCGGAGGACUGCAAAACCUCCGUAAGAGGAAUAAACCGUUUCUCGGAGAUGUGAAGAAGUCAGGGUUUGGACGAGGUGGUCAGAAGAAAGGGAAGAUGAGGAAGAAACUAUGAGCAGGACGAAGACUCUGAUCUUCCCAAACCACCGUGUAUAUGGAUGUGAGGAUGUAAAGUGUUGAGGAAAGUGGACCUUUCACCUUUCUCCAUCAUGAACUCUGAAGAGUAAACGAUUAACCCUAUUUGGUUUUCCUCUUGAAAGUGUGCCUGAGGAUAAAAUACAGAUACAAAUAAAUCAAGACUGUGUAUUGUUUUCAUUACAUUCAGACACAUCCCUCCAAGAUUGUGUUUUUCAUGUUUAUGCCUUUUUACUUGUCAAGAUGUUGCUCAUAUACAGUAUAUAACCCUAUUUGAGCACGUUUUCUCUAAAUUAAUCGUAUCAUCACAUCACCUGAGAGAUUUCAUACUCUGAAAAGUCGGCCUGGUUCUCAUUGUACAAAACCCAAUUCCAUUGAAGUUGGGAAAUUGUGAUAAACUUAAAUAAAAACAGAAUACAAUGAUUUGCAAAUUCUUUUCAACCUAUAUUCAGUUGUAUACACUACAAAGACAAGAUAUUUAAUGUUCAAACUCAAACUAUUUUUUUUUUUGCAAAUAAUUAACUCAGAAUUUCAUGGCUGCAACACGUGCCAAAGUAGUUGUUUACCAUGUUUACCACUGUGUUGCAUCACCUUUCCUUCUAACAACACUCAAUAAACGUUUGGGAACUGAGGAGACUAAUUGUUGAAGGUGGAAUUCUUCCCCAUUCUUGCUUGAUAUUCAGCUUCAGUUGUUCAACAGUCCGCGGUCUCCGUUGUCGUAUUUUACGCUUCAUAAUGCGCCAAACAUUUUCACUAGGAGACAGGUCUGGACUGCAGGCAGGCCAGUUGAGUACUCGCACUCUUACUACAAAGCCACACUGUUGUAACACGUGCAGAAUGUGGCUUAGCAUUGUCUACAUGAAAAAGACGUUGCUUGAAUGGCAGUAUAUGUUGCUCCAAAACCUGUAUGUACGUUUCAGCAUUAAUGUUGCCUUCACAGAUGUGUAAGUUACCCAUGCCUUAGGCACUAAUGCACCCCCAUAUCAUCACAGAUGCUGGCUUUUGAACUUUGCAUCGAUAGCAGUCCAGGAUGGUCCUUUUCCUCUUUGGCCCAGAGGACACGACAUCCACUAUUUCCAAAAACAAUUUGAAAUGUGGACUCGUCAGACCAAAGAACACUUUUCCACUUUGCAUCAGUCCAUCUUAGAUGAGCUCGGGCCCAGAGAAGCAGGCAGUGUUUCUGGAUGUUGCUGAUAAAUGGCUUUCGCUUUGCAUAGUAGAGUUUUAACUUGCACUUACAGAUGUAGUGACGAACUGUAUUUACUGACAGUGGUUUUUUUGAAGUGUUCCUGAGUUCAUGUGGUAAUAUCCUUUACACAUUGAUGUCGAUUUUUGAUACAGUGCUGCCUGAGGGAUCAUUCUUGCAAUUGUACUUUGUUCUCAAACUGUUCGACUAUUUGCUCACGCAGUUGUUCACAAAGUGGUGAACCUCGCCCCAUCCUUGCUUGUAAAUGACUGAGAAUUUUUGGGGAAGCUGCUUUUAUACCCAAUCAUGGCACCCACCUGUUCCCAAUUAGCCUGCUCACCUGUGGGAUGUUCCAAAUAGGUGUUUGAUGAGCAUUCCUCAAAUUUCUCAGUAUUUUUGCCACCUUUCCCAACUUCUUUGUCACGUGUUGCAGCCAUCAAAUUCUAAAGUUAAUGAUUAUUUGAAAAAAAAAAAAAAAGUUCAAGUUUAUGAGUUUGAACAUUAAAUAUCUUGUCUUUGUAGUGUAUUCAAUUGAAUAUAGGUUGAAAACGAUUUGCAAAUCAUUGUAUUCUGUUUUUAUUUAUGUUUAUCACAAUUUCCCAGCUUCACUGGAAUUGGGUUUUGUACGAGAUUUUCAACUCAAUUAUUGGUGGGGUACUCUCAGCAUUAGUUAGAUUUUUGAAAGACUUUAAAAGUGCCGUCUUUUUCCCUGUUCUAUAUUUUUUUCCAGUGAAGGGAAACUCGGACUGAUCAUGAGGUUGCAGAAGUCUGCUCACUAUUGCAACUGUUUUUUUUUCUGUGAAACUUGAAAUCUUUUAAUCAUUAAUAUCAUCGAUAAAACAAAAAAGAAAUGUAAUAUCAGCCCUAUGUUAGCCUGUCGAUGUUUGUCUCAUCUAUUGUACCUGCUGGAUAUUGUUGUUGUAAACACAGCAGCAUAUUGGUGAAGUGGUGCGAUGCUGCUCCCUUCUGGUGGAUAUCGGCACUACAAGGGUACUCAGCUCUAAGGUUAAACUUUCUAAAAUACUAAAAUAAAAACGUUACAAACCAAUUGAGAGUGUUGUGUUUUUAGUUUUGUUAAAGUUUAGAUAUUAAUUAUCAUAAUUCAACUUGUAAAAGACAUUGUCAAGUAAAAUAUUCAUCAAGAUAGUGUGUUUAACAUGAGUGUUUUUAUUCCCAAUUACAGACUGGUGGACUAAAAUCAGAGAAUUAUCAAUACCAAAUGUUUUCUUCUGGCCAAAUGUCAAAUGAUCAUGUAAUUUAUUUCCUGCAGGAGACACAACAGUCGAUCAUCUAGAAAAGGAGCAUCCUGUCAUUUCUUCAGCUGCUGGGAAGGUGAAAAAUAUGACCACAUGCACAGCAGCCUGAGGGAAAGAGCAGCUCUACACCGAUGAGAGAAAGUGAGGGGAGGAAGUGGCUCAGUCCAUCUGGAUGUGGUUACAUCGUGAGCUUUAUUUUUUUUUGAUGAUGUGUAUUCAUGUUGUUGCAGGUUAUUCAUGGCUGCAGUCGCUCCAGGAUUUAGCCUCUUCCAUGAAGAUUUGUGCCCUUUAGUCAUCUGCAUGAAAGCUGCUCAGGACAGAGCGAAGAGAGUGGUAGGUGGGUUUGUAUUUGGUCCAAACACAGAAGAGUCACCAUGGAGAUUGUCCCUGGACAGACACCAGAGCACUGUCAUAUGUCAUGGUGAAUAACAUCCAUUCAUAAAACAAGAGCUGCACCACCUCAGGGAAAAAACGCAAGCAUGGUUUGAAUGUAGCGCAGUUUAUGACGAGCCACAACUCCAUCAAUAUUCUACAACCACUAUAUAACACAACAAAAGUGUUUUGCAUGUGAUAUUAAAUAUCUUUUUAAUGUCAGUUAUUAUUCAUACACUGGGAAACUUUUUGGCACCCUUAUGGAUGAAAUAAUGCAUCAGACUGUUAUGAAAACCAACCAAAAGGAUAACAUAGUAGAUAAUGUUGAUAAAUUGGCAACCAAAUAAUUAAAAAUUUGUUUAGGGUGUCCCCUGCCUUCGCCCGAAGAUGCUGGGAUAGGCUCCAGCCCCCCUGUAGUCCCUAACGGGAAUAAGCGAUAGAAAAUGGAUGGAUGGUCCAAAGCUCAUUAAUUCAGAGAGAAUAUUUAAAUGGUUAAUUUCUUUACAUGUUUAAAGCAUUGAGAAAGCCACUUAAGGCUGUGAGUGAAGCCAAAAUGAAAGACAAGGCAAGGCAAGGCAUCUUUAUUAAUACAGUGCAUUUCAUACCAAGGUAACUCAAUGUGCUUUACAUAAAAACAAACACAGUUAAUAGCAGGAGUAAAAGAUAAGGUUUGAAAUUAUUAGAUUUAUUAUUGGAUUUAAAAGCGCUUACCGUUGGGGCUAGUUUCGGUUCUGCUGGUAGUUUGUUCAAGUUGUGUGCAGCAUAACAGCUAAAUGCUGCUUCACCAUGUCUGGUUUGAACUCUGUGCGCCACUAUCCGACCUGAGUCAGUACAUCUCAGAGCUCUACUGGGUUUAUACUCGACUAACAUGUCAUGUAUUCUGGACCAAAACUAUUCAGAGGUUUGUAAACCAGUAGCAGAACUUUAAAAUCUAUCCUGUAGCUGACUGGGAGCCAGUGUAAGGUCUGAAGAACUGGGGUGAUAUGAUCUGAUCUCUUUGUUCUGGUUAAAACUUUAGCUGCAGUGUUCUGAAUGAGCUGCAGCUCAAGUUUUAACAAGACUGACAACUGUGCAAAACACUUGAAUGCAUCAUAGCCAAAGCUCCAUGUGGACUUCUCAGUAGUAAGCGUUUGGGUGGAUGUGCGUCUGAGCGACUCAACUGACCAGUGAAUCACACCCCUAAGGAAUCCCUCAUCUAGCUAUGAAGUUAUUUGUGUAGGACAACAUCCAGAUAGCACAUCUAUACUGUCUGUCCUUUAACUUUCUUAGACCAGACCAAACUGGAGGAGGUUGAUAUCAGUUAAUCCUCACACUGAUACUGAGCUACAGCCUGCCUUUACCUCAUCAAACCAUCCCUCCCCCUCCUUCUCGCCCCAGCCCUCUCUAGUGCCCCAGGAGCUCUCCAGUCAUCAGGAACGGCAGCUUUAUCUCUGUUUAGAGUUCCCAGGACGAACACAGCAUCCACUUGAGAUACGCUGAAGAGCUUGAGCAUCAGAGCGCUGCUGCUCUCAUAACAGAGGAUGUAAAUGUUAGGCAGUGCAGUGACAGGAGAAUCAUGCUUUGUGUAUGUGCCUGCAAAGGACAUUGUAUGGGUAGUGUCAAAUUUGAAAAAUGGAAACUAUGAGUACAUUUUUCUGCAUAAAGGGCAUGUCCUUAUCCUGCAAAAAUGACUCAUAAUACCUCCCUGUGAUUGUUGCACUUUGCUCUCCUCUGAGAAGAUGCUCCAAUAAUAUGCCUGUUUUAUAUCUGCCUUUAGAGAUAUAGUUGAUUUUUUUUCCCCUUCUCAAUCAGCCAUAUGAACUUUCUCUUGACGUGACUCAUUUGUGCACCAACACGGGUUCAGUUCCCUCUCCAACUUCAUCUUUUUUAACAAUGUGGAAUAAAUGAUAAUGUUUGCCUGCAAGAUGGAAAAUAAAUACCAGAAAUCAAAGUUUUGUGAAGACAAAUGUGCAUCGUAAAAAUUGAGCACAUCGUAAAGUUUCAGAAACAAACUGAAAUCCAAAGUAGUUUGAUCCCGCUCUCCCUUUGUUGAGCUGAUUCAGCAGCUUACAUAAAUGUUUCCAUUUCCAGUGUGAAUUGUGAAAUUCAGGGUUAGUUUUGUAAAAUUCUGAACCUCGUGAAAAGUCUAUGGAUCUUUUCAUAUACCGUCUCGCUUUCACAUGUUUUUUUUUUUUGAAGUGCUGAAAUGUUUUGGUAAAUUUUGUUGUUUGCAAAGGGUUUUGUUGGUCAAGUUUUGUCAUGUUUCACUGACCGUAUGGGCUAAAGCAGUCAAGGCCUGGCUUGAAACAACGUCUACAAUCAAAAUGCUCUUGUAUCAUAACGUAUCGUAGAGUAUUGCGUUGUAUCAUAUUAAACUAUAUCCUUUAGAUUUGUAUUGUAUCGUUUUGUAUCAGACUCUAAUGUAUCAUAUUUUAUCAUAUCAGACCGUAUGUUAUUGUACCGUAUCGUAUUGUAUCCUAUCGGACCAUAUCGUAUCAUAUCAGGACAUAUUCUAUCGUAUUUUACCUUACCCUACCAUAUCAUAUCGUAUUGUAUCGCAUCGUAUCAUAUCAGGACAUAUUCUAUUGUAACUUACCGUACCGUUUUGUAUCGCAUCACACCGCACCGUAUCGUAUUGGGACAUAUUCUGUCGUAUCUAACUGUACCAUACCAUAUCGUAUUGUAUUGUAUCGUAUCAGGACAUAUUCUAUUGUAUCUCACCAUACCAUACUGUACCGUCCCGUUCCGUUUCGUAUUUUAUCGUAUCGCACCGCACUGCACUGCACAGUAUCUUAUCGUAUCAGGACAUAUUGUAUCGUAUCCAACCGUACCGCAUCAUAUCAUAUCGCACCGCAUCGCACCACACUGUAUCAUAUCGUAUUGGGACAUAUUCUAUUGUAUCUUAAUGUAUUGUAUCUUAUCGUAAUGUAUCCUAUCGGACCGUAUCGUAUCGUAUCGUGCUGAAUCAAGUUGUGUCAUAUCAUAUUACACUGUAUCAUAACUGUGUAUUUGAAGGGCUAAAAUAUGUUUGGUCCUUUACUGUGCUCAGUUUAUGACUUGAAAAACAGCCUGUAACAUCAAAACAUACGUGAACAAUGUAUUAGAGAUGUUUCUCGCGGUAAUCUCAUUCAUCUUAAUCCAUUAUCAAAGUAAUUAUCAGUUUGCAGAUAUGUGACUCUGUUGUGUCUGUUUCCUUGCUGUCUGUCUCCCCUUUCCUCUCUUCCUGCUCCCUCCGGUGAUAAGAUUGCUGCCCUUUCUCAGGCUAUCGCUUCGAAGGCAAAAGGCCACUUGAGGAAUGACAGGGGCCAACAUGACUGACAUUAGCCGCUCUCGCCUCAGCAAAUUUCACUCUCUUGUAUGGAGAACUGCUGACAACUCAUUACCGGUUAAAUACCUUCUGCGGGCAUACAUUUGUUUUUGUUUUUUAAGGUCGUGCCGUGUUCCUUUCUCAGACUGGGUGGAGCUGAUGCUUUGUUAGAUCAACUGCUGGCUAGCUGGGUUUACUGUCAUGUGGUAAUUAUGUCGGAAACACGCGGCGCAUGAAGAUGUUUGGAACAACUUGGCAUGCAGACACUUAACUGGAACCUUAACAUUAACUGGAUCACAGGGGAAGGAGUGUAGUCAGCGGGACUGCCUCCAGCCCAGAAAACUCCCCAAUUAGAAAUAAAAGAAAAUGUCUGUUGGGGUUGCGUUAGCUGUAAGUUGAAUAGGAACCAGAUUGGGAAAAUGAUCACACGGAUCUGACGAGCUUUGAAAUUUUUGAGAUUUCUAUGAUGAAGUGUGACAAGCUGUAGUUCGGAUAUGGCACUAAAGGGAAGAUUGAAACCCAAUGUGAAGGGAAAAUAUACUUUAAGAGACACAAUCUGCUUUGUUAGGUUUUCUUAAAUCUUUAUACACUUGCUGUAUACCAAAGUAUUUCCUUCUCACGUGUUUUUAUCAAUGACCUCUGUAGAAAUGGUGACCUCUUGACCCCCCUCCAGCAUUGACUUAAUUUGGCUAAAAACGCUACAUGUGCAUGAUUCAGCAUGUGAUGACUCAAGCUGCUUUUAACUCUUUAGGAGUUUUAAAAAUUAAAGGUAUAAUACCAAGAAUAAAAGUACAUCUCAACUCCAAAGUGAUGAACUUGCUAGUUUUAAAUUUUCAAGAUUGUACGGGACAUAAUUACUCUACUCUCCCAUCAUAAAUGCUCAAGUAUCCAGUCCUGAAAAACAUGCAGACUGAUAAAAAACCCAUGAAAUCAUGAUGUGGAGAACAUCACCAGAGCUCUAUGUCUGCACUAUGAUCUGUUGCUGCCGUCAAACUAUAAAUCUGGAUGAAAGAAAAUAAACUUUUCAGUGGGGACUAUUACGUCUGACGCAAACUGCAAGACAGUGUUUCUGCUGCCAUGAAAAUGAUAUACAGCAAGCAUGCAAUAGUUUCUUAUUUAAUGCACUUAUUCUUCCUUUUUAUGACACUUGGCAUCUUCCCAGAUUUUUAUUAUUUGUGCCCCUGUGAUUGAAACCCUGAAAAAAUGAUGAGCGGGAUUUUUUGAUAAUUCAAACAAUGGAAAAAUGAACCGUGGCGAAGAUUGACGAUAUGAAGUUAAAACCAAAGGAUAUAACUUUUGAGUUAUCUCUGAAAGGUUGUUGAAAAUCAAAAUAAAAGAUUGAAAUGAAUUUAUGAUUGAAAGAGACAACCUACAAAAGAGUUUUGGUUUGUAUGAGUAAGUCAAGAAAGUUCAGAGAGAGUGUCGUGUGUUGUGCUUGUUACAGGGGAAACAUGUUGGCAUGGAGCCACAACCCACAGGAUCAGGACUCAGAGGAGGGUUAUUUUUGGGCAUGUUCAGGUGCCUGAGGCCCCGUCAGAAAGCCCUUAUAAAGAGCUCCUCUCAGAGCGGGUGGAAAGUGGGUUAUCAGCCUCACUGUCGCUCCUCGAUGGGGCCGACUCGUUUGCAUCUAGUCAACACCUUCUGCCUCUCUCUGGCACUGAUCCGACCCCGGCUCCCUGAGGCGACCUGUGGCCUUGCUGAGCACUUUGAAAACAUCUCUUUCUACGCUCACUCUUCUGCUUCUUGAUUCACUUUUAAUCUUUUGUUUAGUUCAUCCAAAAAACAUUUUCCCUGACCUUCUCCAUGCUCCUUUUUUUCUCCCUAUUUUUCACGAGUAUUACAUUAUUUAUAAAGAACUGGAGCAGAGGUGUAUUUUAACUUCAGUGGAUCACCAGAACACUUUGGGCUUGAUGGGAUUUUAAAGUAAAGCUAACUUUGAAUAAAUCUACAUAUUAAAAUGUUCAUAAAGAGUGUGAGUGUGAUGUUGUACGAAGUCAAACUUCUGAUUCUACACAAAAAUGAGUUCAUGCAUUCUCACUGCAAAGCCAAAAGUGAAUGUUUUGCACCCAAAAAUUUGACAUCUAAGGUUUUCCUCUUAUAUAUUUGAACACUUCAUUCAUCUUACACUAUUUAAGCUCCUCUGCAUUUGAGUUGUAGUAUUUAGUUUGAUACUUUACAAGCCUGGGCGUAUUAAAAAACGUUAUUACCACAUCUUUCCGCUCUUCUUCUCGACUUUCUUAGUCUGAGGAAUGUUUUCCCAGACUCUGUUUUCACCCUCCGUGAGCGCUCUGUCUCUUUGUGGUUACACACUUCAUUUGUCUUCUCCAGGAUCAGAGCAAAAAAAAAAAAAAAAAAAAAAAAACCUUUAUAAUCACUGGACAUUGAAACCGGGGAAGUUAAGACGAACUUUGGAUAACAAGACGACAAAAACCGUAACAAGGUAGCUCUUGAGAAAAAAUGCCUCCCCAAACAGAGCUUUGUAUUAGUGGGUUCAAUCAUGUUAUGCCAAGCACAAAUAUUAUUAUCAUCUAUUUAAAAUAAAGUUUUUAGCUUUUAAAGUCUUUCAAACAUUAAUUAUUUAAUGGUCCUCCAAGAAUAUAUGUACAGUAAAAAUGGAUUAAACAGUCAAACUUUAAAAUUCAGUGUAAAAUUAAAGAGCAAAAACUUUCAUUUGCACUAUUUAGCUUGCAUAUUUAAAUGUUUGGAAAUACAGAAAAAGUCCUGAUUGUAAUCGAUAUAAUCAGAUUUCUUAUAAGUAUAGUUUUAAGUAGCUUGAUUUCUGCAGCUGUUACAACCUUUGAAGUAUAACUUUUGCAACAUGAUCCAAUUUAACCCUUUUUUUAACACAGUGCAAAACUAUUUUAAUUAACAUUUUAGCUGUAAUUCUUAAACUUUUUCUUCAUGUAAUUUUUCUAUGUUAAGAUGUUAUUUAUUUCAGCCUAAAGAAAGCUGAAUUAUGCGUCUCUAUUUCCUUCUGCACUUAACUUUCUCACCAAAAGAUGGCGCCAUAGCUCUGAUCCAAGCCAAGUCUGAGAGCAACUCCAGGUUCUCGAUGGUGGUUACAGUUUUGGGUGUUUGUGAGCUGGUUUAAGGCGAUUAUAGUGUCAGAGCUGACAAACUGACAGUGUGGAGAUGUUGGUCUAAAGAGCCGUUUAUCAGGAAUCACUCAAAGGUUUUAAAAACUGCAUCUUUUGAUGAGAGGUUUCUACUUUUCUGUGACUUUUUUCUCUCAGAGUAGUGUGGUUGUGGGCGUCUCUUGGAAGCUAAUAUCUACAUCCAUCCAGGUGCAGAGCUAACAGGUUAUAUACUUUACAUCUGGCGUGUUGAGUAAUAUAGAUGUGAAAGACGGAAUGACCCAGAAAUCACAGUCAUAUAGUGACUCUGAGGGAGGAGGGGUGCUGUAACCUUUUCCAUAAGGAAAAAACGGAAGGCUCUGAUUGGUUGAGGACUAUUUUCCCAUCUCUCCCCCCACAAGCUUCCUCCCCUUCCCCCUUUACACCAGACCUUGGAUGGCACGCAAGGCCUUGACCAGCGCCGCAGCAUGGCGCCAAGGGGGUACACAGUUAGCGUGUGUGUGUGUGUGUGUGUGUGUGUGUGUGUGUGUGUGUGUGUGUGUGUGUGUGUGUGUGUGUGUGUUUUAGCCAGUUUAGAGGGCUGAGACCCCGGAUAUGUUGUGGAAGUGUGCAGUGGACAGGGGCCAGACAGGACGUGACCUCUCGGAGGAAGCUCGGCUGGCCCUAUAGGCCAAGUGCCUAUCAAUCAACACCCUUUGUCCCGCCCACAACGGACCACUUCAAACACACCGGGAUAGAACCUGUGGUCAGAUCUCUAAAUUUAUCUUUCGUAUUGAUGACUAAGUUAUAUCAUGUCACCCAUCACCACAAAGACAGAUAAAAGUUGUUCAUUUCAUCAGGAGAAAAAAGAGCUCUUACAGUUUUUAUUAUUUUUUCAGUGACAGAAAUCUUUGCUAACAGUGUUUUAUUUUGCAGAUUGAAUGAGAAAAGUUUGCACGGUGCAAAAUAUGAGAAUUUUAACCUUAAUUUUUGUGAUAACUUCAGUAUUUUAGAUGUAGCUCUACUAACUAAAGUCUCAGCUUGAGACUUGGAUGUGAGCUGGUCACCUGUAGCUGAUAAACUUGAUUAUUUAUCGCUCUUUUGAACCCCACUGUAAUUUAACAUCGCCACUUUCAUUACUCCCAACCCAUUCGAACAGCAGAUCAAAGCUCCAGAUUGAUUCCCCUCUGCCCGGGGUCGAACCUGCACUUCGGACAAAUGACCAUCAGGUCAGGAACUUCAGUUCCGCUGAGGGUAGAGGCCAAGAGCCUUGGACUGACCCUAGAGUCACACCACUGUGCUGUGAGCUGAGUCUUCCAGCGUCCACUUUCAGAUAAAAAAAGGGUCUUUUGUUCAGUGAUGGCAGAGAAACAGCGACAGUGAGGAUGAUAAUGAUGAGGUGAUGGAUUCGUGCUGACUGAAGAGGUUAUUACAGUUUGUUUAAUGUGGGCAAUAUGGGGGUCUAAGUAUAAACUUGACUUCAAAAUGUCAUAAUGUUUUCCUUUUAUUUGAACAUCUGGAUUAGUUGGAAAGUUGACUUCAUGUUUGCUGCAGUUUUGCCAAAAGUGUUGCUGAAUGGGAUCCUCAAAGGGAAAAUCGCAUGUUUAUAAGCCGCCAAUCAACCUUUGAGCUCUAGUUUUCUCGUUUGUUGCACACAUGAUACUAUUUAUGUUGUUCCUGAUCUCUGUCAACUUUGGCCGAUUCAAAUCUGUCUAAAUUUUCUUUCUGGGAAAAAUCACUUCGAUUAAAGUGACAUAUUAGUAUAAGAAGAAUAUCAAAUAAUAGACAACAGGUUUAAUGUGUAGAGAGAGGACAAUAGUGAGAAUGUCUGUGUUGUUCAUGCUUGGUAAAGAAAGAAAAAAGACUAAAGGUGCUAAUUAACAGAGCUGUCAGUGCUUCCUUGAAGAGAAGUGAACUUGCCGAUAAGCAGAGUGGCGGGUGGAGGGGAACUGGUGGGGCCCCCAUCCCAUCUGGACCUUGUUCUCCAGGAGAGCAGGGCUGUGAGCAGGGCCGUGGCACAAAAGAGUCUCUAGAGUGAGAUCUUGACGGCAUAUAAAAGGAAAAAAUGACGUGAUUUUGGGAUGUUGGACCAAAUUGAUUAGCUCUCAGUUAAAUUUUUGUAAAAAUGUGAAUAAAGUUUGCAAAGAUGGGAUUUUAGAUGGAUGUGGAGUUUUUAUAUGUUGCCACAGGAGAAACCAAACUAUCUUUGUGUAAACCAUUUUUAUAGACAACAUGGGUUUGGAUUUUUGGCAAUUUUAUGUUAUGGCUUUUGUUUUCAGGUCAAAACUGUUUCUUGUUACAUAUUUGUUUCAGAUUUUCCUUUAAGAAUCUAAAUUUUACAGUAAAAUAAAUGAAAAAUCAAGCUGUUACACAUUAAAUUAAGCAAAAAGUGUGUGGGGUCUCAUUUUCUUCACAAUCUAUACAAAAAAAAAUCAAUUUACAAACUGUUUCUUAAGAUGAAUUUUCCUCCGCUUUCUUUUUCUGUCAUCUUCAGCAGUGCAUCCCCGAUGCUCAAGUGUGAUCCUGUGACUCCGGAGGGCCGACGUAGCUCAUCUCCUGCAGGUAAUCAAGCAUCAUUCUUUCAUGAGGCUGUGAGUGUUCAGGAGAGACUCUGGAUCUCCCCUGCUGCUUCUGCCAGCAAUACAUCCUGCUACACGUUAGGGAACAUGACAAGCGCACUCCCUCCCAGCUCAUUGCACCUGAACACACUCCUCCAUCUCAUGACAUGAUAGGUCAAAUCGGAGCUCUCGCCGCUGCGCUUUGGUGAGUCAGGCUGCUGCAACCGACCUGAGAAAGGAGAUGUAGAGGUUAUUGAUUUCAUAUUAUGUCACAUAUUUACAGCAUGUAGCUUGAAAAGUCUCAUCUCAUUGAACAGCAUGUCAGCUCAUGAUGCCUCAUAAAAAUCCUCAUAGUUACCAAAAAAUAAAUUCACAGUACUUGAAUAUAUGAAUUUAAGCAGCAUGGUUGUAAAAGAUGGAUGUAAAACUUCAAUAGGAUUAAGAUUUUGACCCCUGAAGUUUUGUGAACUCACUGUAUCUUUGCCAUCACAUAAAAAAAAAAAAUCUUUGAAUCCUUUCUGAAUGAAGAGUUUGACAAGAGUUUAAACAUUUUUCAAUCUGCUGUCGUUCAACUAUGUCUCAACAUUUCCAGACUAAAGCUGCAGGGAUGUUUGGCUUUAAGGCAGCAGGGAAAUUGAAAACACUAAGAUUUCAUAAAAUGAUACACUGACUGCAGCUUAAAACAUGUUUCC